AUGGUACAUGUAUUUGCAGAUGAAUUAAACGGUAAAUGUUGUAAACGAAAUAAAUGGUUGGCAAACAACAACAGUCGACAGGAGAGAAAAUACAGAAGAUGGAAGAUGGAAGAAGCUGUCGAAAUAGCCAAAACAAAUUAUAAUAAAACCAUUUAUGCCGGAGUUUCUGAUAACGCUCCAGUUAUGACAGCAAUGGGUAAAGCUGUAAAUUUAUGGCAUGCAGGAUGCAGCAGUCAUCAUGGAAAUUUACUUGCUAAGGACCUUAUUGAUAAAUCAUUUGCAGAAUCUAUAAAUACCAUUUUACGUACAUUCAAAGCUUCUAAUUUAGAACGAGAGAUAAUAGAAAACGGAGGAACAAAAAUUAAAUUAGCUUGCGAAACUCGUUGGUGCAGUUAUCGUGAUGCGUUUCGGUGUUGCUUAAAAAAUUUAGAUAUGAUGAAAAAAAUUAUCAAUUUCAUCGUUUUAUCUGAUUCAGUUUGUUCAUUAAUUAAUAAAUGUCAACAGUCAAAUUUUACUAUACCUGAUGCAGCUGAAGAGUGGAUGAAAUUAAACGUUCCGAUUGAGGAUGAAAAAAUCCAAGAAAUUGUCCAAAAGCGCAUUGACAAAGUAUUGACUCCAAUUUUAUUAGCAGCGAAUUUAUUGCAUCCACAUUAUCAAGGAAAACAAUUUCGUCAUAACGAUAAAUAUUAUUCUCAAGCUAUUGAAUUUAUAAGGAAUGAAUUAAAUGAAUCUUAUCAUGAAAUGGAAGCUUAUGAAAAUAAAGUUGGAAUUUUUGAAUCAUUACUGAAAAAAGGAAAUAUCCCUCCAAAAUUAUUUUGGCAAAUGGCCGAAAACUCAUACCCAGUACUUUCUCAAUUAGCUCAACGAUUGAUUAACAUUCCAUCGUCAUCAGCACAAAUUGAAAGAUUAUUUUCAAACUGGUCAUUUGUUCAUUCUUGUCUUAGAAAUCGUUUAACACCCGAACGUUCAGAAAAAAUAAUGAUUUCUUAA